CAGUCAUAGUUUCCAGGCUGCCACCUCCACAGGAGAGCUCAGACAAUCAGCACAAACUUACCAAAGACUCAUAAAGCUUUUACAUUCACUCGUUCGACUUCAGGAGUCCUUCUGAUCACGCAAUGGCAGAAGAAAAGAUCUGCAUAGAAGAUGGAAAGGCUUCCAACGGUGAAGCGCACCUGGAUGAUCCGACCCUCGCCAAUGGUUUGAGCGACCACGAGAAAAGUGAACCGGAGACUACCGCGCAGAGGUUGAAACGGAUCGCCAUGUCUAAUCUGCUGGUCAUCCUGACAGUGUCUGCUGUCAUCAUCGGCGUUUUCAUCGGACUCGGCGUGCGGAGCGCCGGGCUCAGCCGGACACAGAUCAUCUACUUCGGGUUCCCCGGCGAGCUCCUGAUCCGCCUGCUCAAGAUGAUCAUCAUUCCUCUUGUGGUCUGCAGUCUGGUGUCAGGGGCGGCCAGCAUCGACCCCAAAGCCCUGGGCAAGUUAGGCGGCUGGGCGAUGCUCUUCUUUCUGGUGACCACUCUGAUCGCCUCUGCUAUCGGCGUGAUAAUGGCUUUCAUCAUACAACCCGGUUCAAGUGACGGGAACUCCAUAUCCCAACUCAACACAAUGGACGAUAGCAAUGUUCCCCAAGCGAAAGAAGUCAUGGAUUCGUUUUUAGACUUAAUAAGAAACAUCUUCCCAUCUAACCUGGUAGCAGCUGCCUUUCAGUCGUAUGCCACUGGUUACAAAUUUGUGAAGAAUGACACCAACUCGACCAACAUCUCUUUGGAAAAGGUUCCAGUUGGCUCAGAUGUUGAUGGCAUGAACAUCCUGGGACUUAUUGUGUUUGCCAUGGUAUUUGGAGUAGCCUUGAGGAAACUUGGAGAGGAAGGAGAGAUCCUUAUUAAGUUCUUCAACUCUUUCAACGAGGCUACCAUGGUGUUGGUCUCCUGGAUCAUGUGGUAUGCACCAUUGGGUAUCAUGUUCCUGGUUGCCAGUAAGAUUGUGGAAAUGGAGGAUGUGGGGUUGUUGUUUGCCAGCUUGGGGAAGUACAUUGUCUGCUGCGUGAUUGGCCAUGCUAUCCACGGCUUGCUGGUCUUGCCGCUAAUUUAUUUUGCGAUCACACGGAAGAACCCCUACUCGUUCCUGCUGGGAUUGGUCACAGCUCUGGCUACCGCCUUUGGUACCUCCUCUAGCUCUGCCACAUUGCCCCUAAUGAUGAAGUGUGUGGAGGAGAACAAUGGUGUGUCCAAACACAUCAGCCGUUUCAUCCUGCCCAUCGGAGCUACAGUCAACAUGGAUGGAGCCGCCUGUUUCCAAUGUGUAGCUGCGGUCUUCAUCGCUCAACUUAACAAAAUCCCACUGAACUUCGUCCAGGUCAUCACCAUCCUAGUGACCGCUACGGCGUCCAGUGUCGGAGCUGCUGGUAUCCCUGCUGGAGGAGUGCUGACACUUGCCAUAAUAUUGGAAGCAGUAGGUCUUCCCACCAACGACAUCUCCCUCAUCCUGGCUGUGGACUGGCUAGUUGACCGUACUUGUACCGUCAUCAACGUUGAAGGCGACGCCUAUGGGGCAGGUCUACUGCAAUACUUUGUGGAUGGCACAGCCAGCAAAAAUGAGCAGACAGAGCUCAAAAAGGUGCGGGUGGAGGAAGAAGGCACCAUGUCAAAGCCAGAAAGUUCUCCGCUUAUCGAGAAAAGGGGGAACGUUGAACUGGAGGCGAUUGUCAGACCUAAACCUUGUGAAAAUGAGUCUGUCAUGUAGACUUGCACGGUCUUUGACCAAACUUUCCUUCCUUACCUGCCAAAAAUCCCGCAAUCACCCUUUGCAACUACACCAAGGCUAUCGGGGAUAUGCAGGUUUAGUUUAGGACAAGACUAAGACUACAUCCUUCUGACCUUCCUCUAUGCCCAACUCUUUAUGAAAGGAAUCUGCAGAAGCACAUGCACAAAGAUUUAGAUCUUGGAAAAAUGCUUGAACAAUUAUUUAUUAGACGCUGAUUAGAUAUUUUGGAAAUUGUAAUCUUUUUAUUGUCACUCCUUGGUUUUUUUAAGCCUUUUUUUUUUUUUUUUUUUUUAAUGUUCGUUAUACUGUAUUUAUUUAUAUAUAUAUAAAUUACGUUAAAUAUAUAUAUAUAAAUAAAUCUUUCUGGGUGCAGACAGAUCAGUCAGGCCUUCAAAAGACUAGGUUGUUUUGUUUUAAAUGGCUUUUGUUUUAUUUUUGUUCAUUUUGUGAUGUUUUGUUUCAUUUUGUUUUUGUUGUUUUGCGCUUCGUUUUGUUAUUGUUUUUUGUUUCUGAUUAUACCCCUUAGCUCCCAUUUAAAAUGCUCAGUUUUAACUCAAAAUAAGUCCUUUUAAAAGCCAAAGCACACACACACAACCUCUGUGCAUCCUUCACUGUCUAUAUACAGUGUACCAAUAGCAUGAUGUUUCAUUAUAUUGCAUUGAUAUACCUCAUUUAUGGAGACCUGACUCCCUUAAAACACACAACCACAGGCUCCUCAAAUGUUGGCCCAUCUAGCAGGCCAGAUAUCUUUAGAUCACUUGCUGUUCGAAGAGGCCUAAGAGGGUUCGAAGCCUGAACUUUGAACUUAACCGCUAAAAGACCGUUUAGAAUGCAAGACUGCUCAGUACUUUCAAGUUUCUUCUUUGUCUUAAUGCAGAUAGCAUUUUUUUGGAAAGGUUGUGGAAACCGCCUUGUAGUCUGCAGGUGAGAGGGUACACUAUGCGCUGUUCUGCAGGUUGAUUGAGCAACUAUCUUUUGUCGAGAGGUACAAACCGCACAAUUUUGGAAAAGACAAUGCCUGAAUGACCAGUUUCAGAGGAAAGCCAUAGAUGUGUGCAUAAAAACAGGAUGAACCUGAGAUUUGAAAAGUUGUGGUGUAAAUAAACUAGAAUAAAGCCAGGCAAGUUUCACAUGUGCUGUAGGGGCACUGCUUUCAAACUAGAUGCUAUUUAGUAUUUUUAUAUUUUGUCUAGUGUUGGCUUAGAAUUUAUUAUAAAAAAAUCAAGCUGUUGCAUAUGCAAUUCUUUUUAAAAGAAAACAUGACAUAUCCCCUAUUUGUAAAAUAGACUAGAAUCCUGAGAUCUUGUAACAAAACAGCCUGUUGAUUGUUGCUAUUUUUUUCUGUGUACAGUAUGUUAUCGCAGAGGAGCACAAAGAUGUCUGACAUUUCAAAGUUAAUUUUAUAAGAGGGAAUAGUGUAAAAUAUGUUCUGUGAACAUUUACUGGAUGACUGUUUUAACUGUACAACUAUAGUUGAACUGGAUUACUUAUUCACCUUUUUACAGAGAUGCUUUUUAAAUGUAUAAUUUAAAAAUGCAGCAGCAGAAGAAAGUUGUUGGGUGACAUGGUAAAAGAAAUGUGCGAUUUGUGUUUCUAUUGUUUUGACCAAUUGUGUCACUCAUUUAAUAAUACCAAUAAAGAGAAACACUACUUAGAAACCCAUUUUUGCAGAAGUCACAAACCAUUUAUCUGCCUGUGAGCAAUUAAAACUGACCAAACCAGAAAACUAUUUCUCUUCCGUUUAAAUUUUUGACACUUUUAUGGAGGGAUGAGAGGGAAUUGGUGCUCUAAAUCUGCACUAUUAACACUCGCAUUUCCAUUCUCCGUUUGUGCUCAAGAUCUGUUAUUGCCAAUCACAGGACUUGUUUGUAAUCGACAUUACUCCUUAAAAUAUGUAGUUAAAAUGUAUUUAAUGAGGCCAUAAUAAGCAAAACACUGCAAUGGCUUAUCAUUCCAGGUCGUGUUUGUGUUUCUGCCCCAUUGAUAUGUGUCUGUGUGAGUUCUAGGGGUGAUUAUGUUAUAAAUGGUUGCUUGAUGGAGCCAAAGAGUACUGUUAAGAAAACCAUUGAAUGUACUCCACACUGACUACAGAAUAAAAUCUUAAAUCAA